GCACGCACGCAGACACACAGUCGCGCGCGAACGAUCACCAACAGGAUUCCUCCAGAAAUGGCUACGUUAAGUGUGCCAGAGAAAGCCGGAGCAGUGAUUGGGCCUUCAACGUAAAAGACAAAUGUUAGUGUUCCAUUGUGCAAGUUUUUAUUUUGAAGGCGGUGAACGGAAGUCUGUACUCCAUGCCGUUUGACUCUGCUGUAAGAUGUCGCUUAGUCUCUCUCUGCCGAAGCUGAAAUCCAAAUGCGCAUCGCUGACCGACGCGUCUUUCUAAAACGAACCAGCUGCUCUCCUGAAAGACGUCAUUUCACAUGUAGUGCAGGACGCAGAGCAACCGGGGCUUUAUUCAGAAAAGAAAAUAAAUGGGAAAUGACCACAUGUUCGGAACAGUCAAGAUUUUUCAGAGUAUAAAAUUGGUGUAAAUAAGAUCGUUUCACCAGGCCAACUCGUCCAGAAUAGCAGUCAUUCCGAAGAAGGCGCGAGACGGGAUUUUUUUUGACAAACAAGUAAACUAACAGAUGUGGUAAAAAUGUCAACAUCUGUCUCCAUAUCUGCUCGAGCCGAAGGUGGAGCGGGAUUUUCGGUGGUCUCUCUCUGAAGUACGAUGGAAUAAAAUGCUGCGCAUUACUGCUUCUACCACGGGUUACUUAAUCUAACGCACCUGAGUCGGGAAUUUAUUCUUGACCUUUUCGUGAUUAGGCUUUGACUGUCUUUUGCAACGCAACGAAGAGGAUGCUCUUUGCCCUACAUGUGACUGUCAUGUCUUCUGCGUUUUUCAAUCCCAGUUUUGCCUUUAGCUCCCACUUCGACACAGAUGGGGCUCCGCUGAGCGAGUUGUCGUGGCCUUCUUCCCUGGCGGUGGUGGCUGUCUCCUUCUCUGGCCUCUUCACCUUCAUCUUCCUAAUGCUGGCCUGCCUCUGCUGCAAGAAGGGCAACAUAGGCUUCAAGGAGUUUGAAAACACUGAGGGAGAGGAGUACCAGGCAGAUCUCUCCGCCCUGGCCUCGCCUUCCUCCCAGAAUGGCCCUGAGGUCUACAUCCUUCCCCUCACAGAGGUCUCCCUGCCGGUCUCCAAACAGCCUGGAAGAUCCAUCCAGCUGCUGAAAUCAUCAGACCUUGGCCGCCAUAGUCUACUGUAUCUAAAGGAGAUUGGUCAUGGCUGGUUUGGCAAGGUUCUGCUGGGCGAGGUCAAUGCGGGCCUCAGUACCACCCAGGUGGUGGUAAAGGAGCUUAAGGCCAGUGCCAGUGUCCAGGAUCAGAUGCAGUUCCUGGAGGAGGUGCAGCCAUACCGAGCCCUCCAUCACCCUGCCCUCCUGCAGUGCCUGGCACAGUGCUCAGAGGUCACUCCUUAUCUGCUGGUCAUGGAGUUUUGCCCUUUGGGUGAUCUGAAGAGCUACAUGCGCAGUUGCCGGGUAGCUGAUUCAGACACUCCUGAUCCUUUGAUCCUCCAGCGAAUGGCGUGUGACAUUGCCUCAGGGUUACUGCACCUGCACAAAUACAACUUUAUACACAGUGACCUGGCAUUGCGAAACUGCCUGCUAACAUCAGAAAUGUCAGUUAAGAUCGGAGACUAUGGCCUUUCUCACAGCCGAUACAAGGAUGACUACUAUGUAACACAAGACCAGAUUUGGGUACCCCUGCGCUGGAUUGCACCUGAGCUCAUAGACGAGGUCCAUGGAAACCUGCUGGUAGUUGACCAAACAAAAUCCAGUAACAUAUGGUCACUGGGGGUGACUGUGUGGGAGCUGUUUGAGCUGGGAAAUCAGCCGUACAGACACUACUCUGACAGACAAGUUCUGACAUAUGCUGUGAAGGAACAGCAGCUCAAACUCCCCAAACCCCAAGUCCAAUUCCCCUUGGCUGAGCGCUGGUAUGAGGUGAUGCAGUUCUGCUGGCUGCAGCCAGAGCUGAGACCCAGCAGUGAAGAAGUACACCUUCUGGUCACAUAUUUGUGUGCCAAAGGCUCCAGUGAGGCUGAGGAAGACUUUGAACAACGCUGGAAUGCCUUGAGGCCCAACCUGCUCAGUAGCACCUCCCACACAGCGACAUCCACAGCCUUAGUACUCACCCCUACAACUGCCUCAGCUGACGAUCCUAGUGCAGAACAAACUCAGGCUGUGGAGCUGGCCUCCUCUGCCUCAUCCUCCUUCCCCUUGCUGGAGCACUUCUCUGACAGCUUCCACUCUGACACAGGGGACGACCUACUCACAGUCACAGAGACCAGCCACGGUCUCAACUUUGAGUACAAAUGGGAGCAGGCCCGAGCUGAGCAGCCCUACUGCUCCUCCUCCACCAGUGGGCCACUCGGCCAAUGGAACCCACAUUACCAGGAUAUCUACUAUUCAAGUAAAGAAAGUACCUCAGAGGGCUGCAAGACCAACAGUCUGACCUCAGGCAUAUCCCCAUCCUACUAUGAACCUGAGCACCCAGGUGUGGUCCCAGUGUUGAGUGCCCACAGCCCCUCGGUCAGCAGCGAGUACUACAUUCGCAUAGAGGAACCUAUAGAGUGCAACAUUAACUUGGACGACAGUGUGGUGGACUACAGCCCAGGACUAGAGGCCAGCUGCAGCAGGUUGUCCCCUGAGACUCAGAGUGGUUCAUCCAUGUCUCAACCCAGUGCUUACUGGGCUACUGCUGACAACACCAAAUCCACUGCCUAUGACUCUGAUUCAAGCCCCACUGUCCAGCUAACUGUGGAGUCAAGGCUGAGACAGGAAUCUAGCACCAGUCCUGUAAAGUCAGGACAUUCUAACAAUUGUUUCUCAUCCAUUCAGGACAAAACAGUCUACUGUGAAAAGUCAUCUGCAUAUAAGCCACACCAACAAUCCUGUCUGUCUGAACUGGAUACAUCACCAGAGUCCAGAUUAAACUCUGUCCAUCCAGUAGGACCUUUAGAAAACCCACGCAGUUUAUCACAAGCAGUGAGCAGCCCUAGCUUAGGGUUCUGUGAUCCCUACCUUGAAGCUAGCACAAGUCAUAGCACGGUUAAUGAAAGCUACCAUAAUAUGAUGGGUCCCCUCAGAAAGACACUACCCGUUGUAAACCAUAUUAGCAUUGAUGUAGAGACAGACGAUGGCCUGCUGGUGGGCCAGCGGAGAGGUGAAGACAUUGAGGAUGACCUUUUCUCUGAAGCAGAGGCCACUAACUGGACAUCAAACCAUUCAGCAAACAAUAAUAGCCUAAGCUUUGACAGCAAGCAGACAGCCAGCGGGCAUGACAGCUAUCUGGACCUGCAAUAUACUGAUCACUGUAACACAACAGACUUGUGGUCUUUAACCAAGACCACUACCAGAACCUUUCACAGCUCUAGAUCUUGUAGCACCAUGGAGACAGAAGGAGACUCCUCUUGUAACACUGCCAGCAAGUCCACUGAAUUAGGUUCAUGCAUUCACUGUCAUCACAAAGAAAGAGAGGAAUCUGCCACUCAAGUGGAAAGGAACUCAACUGCAGAAAAUUUAAGAAGUAUUGAUUCUCUCGCCAGCUUGAGUCAUAACACCAGAGCUACAGAGAUUGGAAAAAUAGAAGGUAUAUAUGAAAAACAUUUGUUGCUUAAUGGAGACAGAUUGUGCUCUGAGCCUAAGAUGAUACCUGAAGCAAGCUAUAUAAGGUCCCCAUCCUCUUUCAAGGAGCCUCAGACUUCUCAAACGGGAGCCUUGUCUGUCAAACAGAGAGGUAACAUCUGGGACGGUGUUUCAACUGGAACCUCCGUUAGUCUAGGAGACAAGACUAGGCUAGACUAUCCAGAGACAUCAGAGGGGAGGCGAGUGUUGGACAGUGGAACAGGGGUCAGCAACUCCAGCAUUAGCUUGGUGGAGCUUGGUGACUACAGUGAGGAUGAUGAUGACAUCACAGAUAUUACAUCAGGGAUCUUUGCUGACUUCAACCUGGACUAUGCUGAGGUAGAGGAAGAAGAGCUGAGCCCACUGAAGAAUCCAGAGAGAGCUCCUGACUCUGUAGACACCCUUAACCUGUCCUCAUCGAUGGCAAGCACCUCUGAUCAAGCUUUCAGCCCUGAUCCAUUCAAUGCCCCCAUCCUUCCCAAAUCCCUAGACAGUGGCUAUGACACAGAGAACAACGAAUCUCCAGAGUUUAUCUUCAAAGAGCUUGGAGAUCCCCGGAGUGGUGAUAGGAGCCCAAGGCUGGGCAGAGAACCUGAACUAGUUCUGCAGGUGGGUUUAGGUCAAGGGAUCUGCACUUCCUCAGAGCUACAGUUUAAGGGCCUGACUGAUAAGAACCCAUUCAGGGACUCAGCCUAUUUCUCUGACUAUGAUGCUGAAAUCGAAAGGAGCCCUCAAGAAGAAGGUGGUAAGUUCAGUAACAGUGACUUUACUGCUGAGAAAAUGAGCACUAUCAGAAAUGAUGAUUUGGUCCAAAGGCAAUUCACCAAUGAAGAUCAUUUCACAAACCUGAGACAUAUCAAAAGCUGUGAUUUGGUGCCUCUCUCAGAUGCUGACCCCAAUUCAUCCAAUCCUAUUCACACCCCUGGAUUGUCCAUGCUGUCACCCUUUCCCCCACAGAUGGGCGGAUGCUUGACCAAAGAGUCUGCCCCUGCAGAUGAUGAUCUUGGGUUAGAGACAGAGCACUCAGGAGAGGAGCCUACCUCAGAGCUUAGCUCCUCCAUUGGAUCUGAGCCCUCUUCCACUGUCCAGGAGGCCUCAGGAAACCAUGAAGAGGGAAACAGAAGAGCAGAAGAUUGCUCCCCCGUCCAGUCUUUGCAUUCUGACUCCACCAUAACUGACUAUGGAGAUGAGACUCCAAAAGAAAAUGAAAAUGCUGACAGAUCCAUAGAGGAAGAGGAACUGCCUGAAUUCAGUCAUGUUAAUGAAGAGACAGAGAACAGAGGGGAGGCUGUGAGAAUAAAUGAGGAAGAUUUUGAAGACAUAGAUGCAGAAGAAUGUGACUCACAGGACAGUUUAUGUGAAGAAUCCAAUGGUCCCGCUGACCUGUCUUCUUCCUCAUCAUUAUUGGAGCUGUGUGGAGAAGAAGUGAGAGCUCCACUGGAGGAGGCAGAGGAUGAAGAUGACUCAGAUGACAGCGAAUCUGAUGAAGAGUUGAGGACCUACAACAUCCAAGAUGAAGACAGUGAGGAGAGUGAGGAGGAUUUCACCACAGUGCCAGUGGUGGUGAGCGACUGCAGCAGGGCUAGACACCUCCGCAGCCUCCUGAAGAUGCCACCCCUGCUUACCCAGUCCUUCUGUGAUGAGCUGGAGAGGAAGAAAAAAGCUGUGUCCUUUUUUGAUGAUGUUACCGUGUUCCUUUUUGACCAGGAGAGCCCCACGGGAGAGCUCGUUGACUGCGCCUUCUCCAUACAGGCAGAGUCCAGUGAGCAGGAAUCCUCUGAGGAAACAACCUCUGAACACCAGCUGAAAUGUGACCCCGACUUUGAAGCUGGAAAUGAAGCUCAAUCCGGUGAAACAUUCUGUGUUUCUGAUGGGAACAAAACAGAUGGGAACAGCUCAGAAGAGGGCGGGGGUUAUGACUUGAAAGAUGACCUCUCAUUUGAACACCCCCAGUUCUCACCUGACACCAUCCCUGAGUCCCAGCCUUUACCCACAUCCACCUCCAACAGUCCAGAAGCUCCUAAACCUGCAACUGCAGCCCUUAACCGUUUUAUGGUCUCACGAUUCUCUAUCACACAUGUCUCCGAUCCCCACACAGGCUCAGCAGCAGGCAAAGCAAACGGUCCCAAUGACUAACAACCAGACAGCAGACUGUACCACCACCAAGAGCAUCAGACUUUGAACAACAGCCCACAUUAACUUUCCUGCAACAACAUAGUUGUCGGAUAUCAACUCUCUACAUAGGCCUGAAAUGUAGUUAUGCCAGUAAAAGAUUGAAGUUGUUGUGUCCUUCAUUUUUAUUGUUUGUGUGCAACUUUUCAAACACUGGUAGUGUAACACUAUACAUAGUCAAUGUAUUGGUGAAUAUUUGAAAGUUUCGGCAUGCAAACUAAAUUUGAAUAUGGUGAGGGAGGAAGUGAAUUAGAACUGAGAACCACUGGAAUAUCAUAUCUUCUCUAUGAGGGACAAACUGCCAGUUUUUAAAAGCUACUUACAGCACACAGGCAGAUAGGUAUUUGACACAAAAUAUCAACAUAUUUUGGGUGAAGUAUCACUUUAAAGUCUUUGAUUAGUCUCUUAAAAUAAAAGCUGUGAUACUUAUAUUCCAAUCAAUUGUUUCCAACAGGGAACAGUGAAGACAGUCCAAAAGAUUGAGUACCCCACAGUCCUGACUGGAGGAGGAUGAGUCCUGGUCCUUCUCAACACAGAAAAGCAGCAUUAUUAUUAUAUCUAGAUGUUUAACAGAAUUUUAUUUUUAUCAACAUUUGGGGCAUCUGACCCUGGUGACCCUUUAUGAGACAGUGCCUCAUAUUGUAGUGGAUUACCCUCAAUGAUUUGCACACUUUUUUUUUUUUAAUUUUACGAAGAAAGAAUGAUUGCUGCUUGUAUGGUAACCUAACUGAGACAAACAGCAGCGUGAGUACAACAUCAGAUAAUAAAUAUUGUAGAAAUCAUCAGUAUAUUCAUUUUAACAAACAGAAUAUGACAUUAACUUAUUUCCUCAAUGCAGCAUCAGUUCCUGUUUGUGACCUUACAGGUCAUCAAGCUAAAUAUGAUUAAAAGGAGAAAAACAGUUAAAUGACAGGCAUCAUAGCUGCUCCUCUCAUUGGCUGCCUUUGUCCAUCUGCUUCCCAUCUGACUGUUACAGAGAGCAAAGCUUGUUGAUUUUCACAUAAGAAGCUGUGGUGGAUUUCUCAACAUAACUUUUUAACAGCCCCGGGUGGUGGUGGUGGUGGUGCUGAUACUUAAUUUGUUUCUCAAUCCAAGUCAUGAUUCCAAAUCAUAUUGAUGCUGGGACUUGGUGGAUUCAGCGUGCCAUGUUAAUGGUAAAGUAAUCCAGGAAAUCAUGGUGUUGUCAAUCCUUAAUUACUGUUGCCACUCACUCUGAGUAAUGAUGACCUCCAGUUACCAUAUCUGUCUGAAGCACUUUGUAUAGCCAAGCUGGGUCUUUAUUUGUAGAAGUGAUGCCUAUGUUGCUCUACAUCUUCCCAUCCUGGAAUGAAAUAUUUCAAAAUGUGAGGUUUUCUAUGUGUGUCCACAGUGCCAGCUACUACUAAGUUCACUUUAUUUUCUGGCUUAUAGCUUUGUUCAUAUCGCAUUUCAUCAGCAAUAGAAUUGACACCAAAGGGAUAGAGAGGUGUUCCAACACAAUUCGGCGGUGUCAUGUCAUAAAUGUUGAAUGUCAGUAUUGUCCUUAUGCAUCUUUUCUAUGUCUACGGAUUGUCCAUAUUCUCAUACAUAAUGUAUUCUAUUACAUUUGUGCUGAAUGCCUGGAUCUGCGGUAUACAAAAAAAAAGGAAGAAAAAAAACAUUCAAAAUAUGACAUCUCACGUAUUGUAUGAAUGUUUUAUCAACAUGUAGCAGGUAGCUUGACUUGAAUUACUACUGCUGUAUUGACAGCUCCCUCCCCCCCUCUCUAUCUUUCUGUAGCUCAAAGUGCCAAUUCUGUUUCUUCUCACCUGGCCUUUUAAGUUCUGCAAGAAGAGAAAACGUCGCUAGUAUUUUUGUACGAUUUGAAAAGUUGCAAUCCAGGAUCACAGUCUCUCAAUUUUGCCAAAGAGAUACUACAAAGCCUAUUGGCUAAAGGAGAAGGUGAGGUGGGCUGUUCUGUGCACCGGUAGUAAUGCCAUUGCUGUUUCCAUUCUUCCCCUCACUCACUGCUAUUGUACUAUCCCAAAUAAAUCCAAAUACUUUUU